CGCCGUAAGAGGACAACUGAGACAUAGUGAGUUAUAGUACAGUGCGAUUGUAUCAAAAGACGCAUCGGGGAAUUUCGAGUCACGCGCAGUGGACUCGGGACAUGGCGCUGCUAACGCAUACGUGUCUGGUAUUGUGGAUAGGGUUUCUGUCAACGCAACGAAUUAAUUGCCUCAAUCUCUGGACUUGGAGCCAUGAAAACCAUAACAAGGACAUCAUGUCUGUCAUAAAAGACGGGUUCCACAUGACUAAUACCCGUGGGAUGUUCGGGAUCGGAGCAAACGACUCUCUCACACUCGCUGAAGACCCCGAACAUCCGGGCCAGUGGGUGCUGAGGGUGUUCUAUGCUAAAGGCAGCUAUAGCGCACCCGGAACGCACAGAGGAGCCCAGUUCUAUGGUACACCAAGCGCACUUACCCAUCAUAACUACACCACAUUGACCUUGGAGUAUGAGGUGUAUUUUCCUUCAUCGUUCGACUGGAACAAAGGCGGCAAACUUCCCGGUCUGUUUGGAGGUACCUCGGACUGCGCCGGGGGUAUAGUUAAAGACACGUGUUUCUCUACGCGACUCAUGUGGCGCGCUUUGGGGGACGGGGAGGUGUACGCGUACGUGACGCACAGUCAGAGUCCCGACUUUCAGACGUGGUGUGCCAAGUACAGCCACGCCAGCACGCCCGCAUACAUGCACAUCUACUGCGUGCCGGGUUACGGAAUCGAGAUCGCCAAGAACACCUGGCGUUUUCAACACAACCACUGGCACCUUGUACGACAGGAAAUUCACCUGAAUGACCACCCGGGUCAGAACGGUUACAUUAAACUAUGGGUGGAUAGGCGUGCGGAAGUUCACGUGACCGACGUGCACAUGCGCGCUAAUACGAACUUCGGUAUUGACGGGCUAUUUUUCUCGACGUUUUUCGGCGGCGGUGACAGCACGUACGCGUGUCCACACGACACGUACACGUACUUCCGGAAUUUUAAAAUCUUCACAGAUACUGCCACCCCUUCUCACAGUGAACUCGUCGGCUAGAGCCUACUUCUUCGAUGUAAUAAAUGCAUGCCAAGUUAUAAAUAAAAACUGACCGCAUUGCUUA